AUGAAGGCCUCUGCUAUCCUCGCUCUUGCCGGCGCUCUUGCCGUCAGCGCCCAGUUCCCCGACAACUUCCCCAGCUGCGGCAAAACCUGCGGCAACAACAUGCUCGACAAGGCUGGCUCUGAGUUCCAGUGCGGCCGUGAUGAUGCUGCCUGCUUGUGCAAGGACGUCAACUUCGGCUACGGCAUUCGCGACUGCUCCAUCGCUAUCUGCUCUGAGAGCGACGCCGACACCGCCAUCAACUGGGGCAAGCAGUAUUGCGCUGAUGCCGGUGUCACUGUCAACCUUCCUCCCGCCUCUGCUGGUCCUGGCUCCGGCUCCGGUUCCGGUGCUUCUGGCUCUGCCUCCGCUGUCACCACUUCCACCGUGAUCACCACCGUCAGCUCUGCCAUCAGCACCGUCACCUCCGUGACCAUCGUUUCCUCCGGCUCUCCCUCUGGCGGCGCCGGCGCUGGCGGUUCUGCUAGCUCUGCCUCUGGCGACGCCACCGCUAUCACCACCAGCGAGUUCACCUCCACCUUCACCAGCGGCGAGUCCACCAUCACCACCACCGGUACUACCACCGUCUCUGGCGUCUCUGGCGUCGCCGGCGCUACCUCGGCCCCCCAGACCACCGUCACCAACCCCGUUGUUUCCACUGUCACCUCCGAGAGCUCCACCUUCGAGACUACUGUUGGUAGCACCACUUUCACCUCGAGCGUCACUGGCUCUGCCCUCAGCUCUGCUCUCCAGAGCCAGGCCUCCAGCUCUUCCAGCGCUGGUGCUAUCCAGUCAACAAAGAUGCUAACAAACAAUCUCCAGCCCCCUCAGCAGACCGCCGCUCCCAUCGCCGGCUUCUUCGCUGCCGCUGGUCUCGCCGCCAUGCUUCUCUAA